AGAGAGAGAGCGCGCAAGAUAAGAGGAAAAAUUGAGAGGGAAAAAAUCUACUAAACUAGAAAGCACAGAACAGAAUGAUAUUUGUGUCAGUACGCGCCAUUAAUUUUACGAUCACACAUUGUAAAAAUAAAUAACACAUAGUGUAACCGAAAAGUUGUGCUUUAUUUUUUGACAUUGUGAUACCGGCAAGAAUCAACCCUGGAUCUUGUUUGUUGUGGCACAGCCAUAAAACAAUAUCAGCACUGACCUCGAGGCAAGCGCCUCUAAUUCUCUUCUAGCAGAGUGACGUGUGAACAGCAGCAGCAGCAGCCAUGUCGCUCAUCGGAUUGGUCAACAAAUCCGAGUUUAUCGUCGGCAGCAAGUACAGAAUAAUGAGAAAAAUUGGUUCAGGAUCUUUUGGCGACAUUUACCUCGGUAUCAAUAUAACCAAUGGCGAGGAAGUUGCAAUAAAAAUGGAAAAUAUGAGAGCUCGUCAUCCUCAAUUGCUUUAUGAAUCUAAAUUAUAUAAGUUAUUACAUGGUGGUAUAGGAAUACCCCAUAUACGUUGGUAUGGACAAGAACGAGACUAUAAUGUACUUGUGAUGGAUUUAUUGGGUCCUUCGCUCGAAGACUUGUUUUCUUUUUGUUCUCGAAAAUUUACAAUUAAAACAGUUUUAAUGCUUGCUGAUCAGAUGAUAGGUAGAGUUGAGUUUGUUCACUGUAAACAUUUUAUUCAUAGAGACAUUAAACCAGACAACUUUUUAAUGGGUAUUGGUCGUCAUUGUAAUAAGUUGUUCCUCAUUGAUUUUGGGUUAGCUAAAAAAUAUCGUGACACACGUAGUCGUAUGCACAUAACGUAUCGUGAGGAUAAGAAUUUAACGGGUACAGCGAGGUAUGCUUCGAUUAAUGCUCAUCUAGGUAUUGAACAAAGUCGCCGGGAUGACAUGGAGUCACUUGGAUAUGUGCUUAUGUACUUCAAUCGGGGCUCAUUGCCAUGGCAAGGUCUCAAAGCUGCAACAAAAAAACAAAAAUAUGAAAAGAUCAGUGAAAAAAAAAUGUCAACACCUAUCGAACUUUUAUGUAAGGGUUUUCCAGCAGAAUUUCCAAUGUACCUAAAUUAUUGUCGAGGCUUGCGUUUUGAAGAGGGUCCAGAUUACAUGUACCUGCGCCAACUAUUUCGUAUCCUCUUUCGUACACUGAAUUACCAAUACGACUAUACGUUCGAUUGGACGAUGCUUAAGCAGAAAGUUGCUGUUAAUAUGAAUAAUGGUGUAACGACGACACCCGGACCUGGACCAUCGCAGCUAGCGCAGGUCCAAGGAGCGAAUCAGGGCCAACCGCCUGCUCAAGCAGCUACUCAACCAGGAACGCGUUAAAAAUUUGAUUCUUCUGUUUCGUGUUAGCACUAAACCUGAGAGAAAGAAAAAAAUAAGCGCGAGAACGCUAAUAUCGUAAGUAUAUAAAUAAAAGAAAAAAAUUUAAAAAAAAUUAAUAAACAAAUGUGGAGAGAAAAUUCAGAAUCAUACUCUGAGAA